GAAUGCACAGACUUUACAGAUGUCCCUUGCAGCCACUUCUGCAAUAACUUCAUUGGUGGAUACUUCUGCUCCUGUCCCCCAGAAUACUUCCUCCAUGAUGACAUGAGGAAUUGUGGGGUCAACUGUAGUGGGGAUGUAUUCACUGCCCUGAUUGGGGAGAUCGCAAGUCCCAAUUAUCCCAACCCAUACCCGGAGAACUCAAGGUGUGAAUACCAGAUUCGGCUGCAGGAGGGCUUCCGACUGGUGUUGACUAUCCAGAGAGAAGAUUUUGAUGUGGAACCAGCUGACUCAGAGGGGAACUGCCAUGACAGUUUAACUUUUGCUGCAAAAAUCCAACAGUUUGGUCCUUACUGUGGCAAUGGAUUCCCUGGACCACUAACUAUUUAAACCCAGAGCAAUACUCUUGAUAUUGUCUUUCAAACUGACCUAACAGGGCAAAAUAAAGGCUGGAAGCUUCGUUACCAUGGAGAUCCCAUCCCCUGUCCCGAAGAAAUUAGUGCUAAUUCUAUCUGGGAGCCCGAAAAGGCAAAAUAUGUGUUCAAAGAUGUCGUGAAGAUAACCUGUGUGGAUGGAUUUGAAGUUGUGGAGGGAAAUGUUGGCUCAACAUCAUUCUAUUCCACUUGUCAAAGCAACGAACAGUGGAGCAAUUUCAGGCUAGAGUGUCAACCUGUGGACUAUGGUGUUCCAGAACCCAUUGAGAACGGUAAAGUUGAAGACCCAGAAGAGACUGUAUUCGGCUCCGUCAUCCACUACACGUGCGAAGAGCUAUAUUACUACAUGGAACAUGAAGAAGGCAGACAGUAUCACUGCGCUGCUAAUGGGAGCUGGGUGAAUGACCAGCUGGGUGUCGAACUUCCAAAAUGUAUUCCAGUCUGUGGAGUACCCACUGAGCCCUUUAAAGUACAGCAGAGGCUAUUUGGAGGAUACUCUACAAAGAUUCAAAAUUUUCCUUGGCAGGUCUACUUUGAGUCCCCCCGAGGUGGCGGGGCUCUUAGAUGGGUGCUGACAGCCGCUCACGUUGUGGAGGGAAACUCUGACCCAGUGAUGUAUGUCGGGUCCACAUUUCUGAAAAUAGAGCAGUUGAGAAAUGCCCAGAGGCUCAUCACUGAACGUGUGAUUAUUCAUCCCGGCUGGAAACAAGAGGAUGACCUGAACACACGGACGAAUUUUGACAAUGACGUUGCCUUGGUGCAGCUCAAAGACCCUGUGAAAAUGGGACCCACUGUUGCCCCCAUCUGCCUGCCAGAAACCGCCUCAGACUACAACCCCUCAGAGGGUGACCUGGGGCUGAUCUCUGGGUGGGGCCGAACAGAGAAGAGAACCAAUGUUAUUCAACUCAGAGGGGCGAAGUUACCCGUAACAUCUUUAGAAAAGUGCAAGCAGGUGAAAGAGGAAAACCCCAAAGCGAGGUCAAACGACUACGUUUUCACUGACAACAUGAUCUGUGCUGGGGAAAAGGGUGUGGACAGCUGUGAGGGGGACAGCGGAGGGGCUUUUGCUCUGCCGGUCCCCAAUGUCAAGGACCCCAAAUUCUAUGUGGCUGGCCUGGUGUCCUGGGGGAAAAAGUGUGGGACCUAUGGGAUCUACACAAAGGUAAAGAACUAUGUGGACUGGAUCCUGAAAACUAUGCAGGAGAAUAGUGGGCCCAAGAAGGACUGAUCCGUAGGUGACAACACCCCUCCAGGGCAUAGCAAGGUCAUUUUUCUCAGAUCCUGGGGCGGUCCCAUUAUUUCUCAAUGAUGGAGAGAGGGUGUGGGAGCAUGGUUAACAUUGAACAUGAUUGUCAAGAAGCCUGCUUGGAGGCAGAGUUGAUCACUGAGCCGUGUUGGUUAUGCAGUUGCUAUUGCUAACAACAUGGCGGAAGCCUUUCUGUCUUGCUUCAUCCCACAGGGAUAUCUUAAAUGAUUUCCCCCUCAUUUAACCUGCUUGAAAUCCUUAUUGCUUACAGUAAAGCAUGUUUCCAAUCUGGUUCUGGCUGGCUCGAGAGCCACAGAAGGAGAGGGAAAUUUGAGGGUAUCUUGUCAUGGAAUUCAGGCAUGGGCAGGUUGUCUGAAACACUAUGCAGUCAGGGAACACAGCCUUUUUUCUUUCUAAGUGAGAUUUACCCAAUAGCUGGAAGUCAGAAUUGACUACCUUAACUUUCCUUUGUGAGUUGUUUCAAUAUGUUUCCUAGAAAUUAGUUUUCUUGUAAUCCUCCUUUGUAUCAUACAAUGUAAUGACUUAGUAAAAGAGAAAUUGAACAUUGAAAAAAAAA